UCGAUGUCGUUGCAACGCUUGAUCGUUAACACUAGGCCUACAACUUUACACUCAAAUUACAAGCAUGACCUGACGUUAAUGCGCAUUCAUGGCUAAAUAUCCCGACGAAGCAGAUAUUCCUGCCUUGGUGAAUGGAAUAGGGACACCGAUCACACAAUCUACAACAAAUACAGAGGUCAGAGACAUACCAAUCCCUAGUAGUAUAAAUAGUAAUAACAUCCCACCGCCGUCCAAGGCAACCCUCACUACUAACACCACAGACGCCACCAAUGGGACCACACCCCUUCCAGUCUCAAAUUCUACAGAUGCUCCCAAUAAUGGGACCACACACUCUCCAGAGUCCGAUACUGCAAAUGUCACAAACAUGGUUACAUCCCCUCCUGUCUCUGACGUUACAAAUGUAACCAACGGGAGUAUACCCAUUCCAGCCUCUAAUCCUACAGAUGUCGUCACCGGGGCCACGCCUUCUUCAACAUCUGGUAACUCGUUGCCGCCUGUAGCCUCCACGUCGGUGUCGUCCGUGGACGUGAUUACUAUUGAGUCAAGCCCAGUGAGGAUAAAAACUGAGGUCAUUGAUGAAGAGUUUAACACUAAUGCGGUGGGUAAGAAUCUGAUGGAGAACAUCGACUGGUUCCUGGAUCAGGUAGAAGAUGGCUACAAAGAAUGUGAUGUUCACAAGAUGGACAUGUUGGAACAGAAUCUUGUCUGUCUCACAUGUCAGAAGUUCAUGUGUGCUCUGUGUCUACGCGACUUCCAUGGUGGACACGAUAUCAUCUCCAUCUCCAAGCUCCGGGAAUGUCGUAAUGUCAGGAACAUAUUAGAAGAUGAUGUGUCGGCACUUCAACUCAUGCAGCAAGCUUUUAAAACAGAAUUUGAUGACAAACAGGAGUUGAAAAAACAAAUAGAGCAAUCUGCUGAAACCCUGCUGAAGAAUGUGGACACCGCUUUCAACCAGUUGUUGAUAAUAGUUGAAAGCAAAAGGAAAGAAAUAAAAAAGCACAUCUGUGAUUUUGAGAAGCAGAAUGUGACUGAGCUCUGUAAGGACCUGGAGCGGAUCAAAGCUAUAGAGCAGUCAGCCACAUUAAUGAUCAGGAGAGUCAUGGUCUUUUUCACCAAGUUUGACAUAUCUGAGGCGAGAAUUCUACCGAACACGCUUUCAGAGAUGAUAUCAAAAUGCAGGGAGUUUCGAGUUGAUCGCAGACAGGCGGAUCACAAAGAAAAGUUCCUGCCAGAAAAGAAAUUUUCAAAUAUUCUACCAUCUCUGCUGGCUGUGACGAACAUCUGUAAAACUAUACACCCUGAAGCUACAAAAGUGGUUUGGUCUAAAAUCACCCCCGACAGGCGCAAUGGAGAUUCGGAUACACCUUCUAAACAUGUGUGUGAGGACACGAAAGACCCCAGUGUAUUACUUGCCCACCUGGCCAGUACGCCGGAGAACACUCGCUCCCCGUCCCCCUUUGACACGGAUACAACGGAAGAGAUGGAGGUCACAAUCCCCAAACCAAAGAAGAGUGCGGCUGGUUCUAAACGAAACAGUGAUGUGCAAUCUAUUGUACGCACCAGUGUCAAAGACAUGUGUUCGAAAAAUCAUCCGCUGCAGAAAAAAACGAGAGAUUUUGAUGAUUGCUGGUAUAGGGAUCACAAAAAAAAGCACAAAGUUUGGAAGUUCAAGAUGAUCUGCGCUGACCCAACAGGAAGAGGUAAAUCCAGUCAAAAAACGGCAGAAAAGAGAAAAGAAAAGGACCGUUCUGUGUCCCCAGGCACAGUGCGUUCUCCUACAAAGCCCUCCAAGAAAGCUCGAGUCUCCACUGAGCCCUCGGCUACAUCACCAUCAACCUCCUUAGCAAACUCUUCGACAGACUCAGCAUUCUCCUCGUCCUCCACUUCAAGUGUCCCAGGUGUGUCGUCUUCCAUGUCCAGCCUCCCCGUGAUAACCUCUGUCGUGUCACUGGCUGAGGGUAACAGGAGCAUGACAAGAAAGACUUUCAAUUCCAACAAUUCAUUGUCUGGACUAUUCGACAUUGAUUUUAACUCGGCGGGUACAAGUCAGGAAUCAACGAAAAAUUCAAAGGAUCGGAAACAAACGAUGGACAAAAAGAAAGUUAUGGCGGUGGUUCCCUCUGUGAAUAAGUCUUUAAAUAAUGUUGUUAAACAUCCUGGCCGACGUCCAGGAGCCCAGUCAAGACUUUCAAGUAGUAGCUCGUCCUCACUGGAAUCUAUAACUGCAGCUCCGGUUUCAGCGGUGGUAACGUCUGCACCAAAUACGAGGACGGAUACUUCCGGGUCUCAGACUGUUGCUUCCACUUCUAACUCCAGGUUAACAGGUACUACGACAAGUGGAAGUACAUUUACAAACACAUCUCCAGGUACAUAUUCCAGGACAAUAACUUUACAUCCUGAAAGGUCCCGUUCCCCUACACCAAGUCCCUCACAAGGAUCAUCCAGUAGAGAAACCGGGGCAGCAGCAACACCAGCAACACCAGCAGCAUCAGUAGCAGACAGGGAGCCAUCAGAAGAUAGUGAAGAAGUACCAAUGGGACAGGACGGUCUUCCUAUUCUUAGUCUGGUCACCUUCUACCCUCAAACCAUGACCCAAGGUCGGACGGUGAUGGUGCGCGCCCUCCAAGGCAAGAUCUGGCUUGGCUAUGUGUCAAAUAUUAAUGCACUCAAGGCCAGCUGUUAUUUCUCUGUCCAGUGGUUAACUGGUCAGUUUGGUGUUGAUACUAAAUUUGAAAUUCAAGAAAAGUGGCAGAGAAAAUCAGAUAAGGUACAUACGGACUGUAUCAUAUGCCAUUUUGAUUACACAAUGAAACAAGUCAUGUCUGAUGAAUUGCUGCAGCAGCUCAAAAUUGCUUCAAAACAGCCUCCUUGCUCUGUGAAACCUCGAAGUACACCACCAAAACCUUCAACAGCCAGUCCAGGUAGAAUCCCAACUAGAACUGAUAAUAGAACACAUUCUGCUUCACCACAAUUGAGCAGAGAUAAUUCUACAGGAUCUGCUGCCAUGACAACUAGGAGAGGCACCCCUAGCAACAAGUCUAACCCCAAGCCUAACACCAAAUCCUAGUACUUGGUGUCAAUAUCUACUGUGUAAAUGACAUUAUCUACUGAGUGUAUCACAACAUCUACUGUGUAUAUCACAAUA